UGCUCAGGAGACCCCUCCUUGCUGAGCCCUGCAGUAGACGCUGUGGUUCUCGCUAUGGUUACUAAUGAAGCGUUUCUCUUCCAGCUCCGUCUCAGAAGAUUUGGGCUGCAGACGAGGAGAAUUCAGCCGAAAACACUACGGAUCUGUGGAGCUGCUCAUCUCCAGUGAUGCUGAUGGAGCUAUACAGAGAGCCGGAAGAUUCCGGGUGGAGAAUGGAUCUUCAGACGAGGACAGUGACUACACACCGGCGGUCUGGAGACGGACGGACGUUCACCUGGAGAACCCAGAGUACCACACACGAUGGUUCUUCAAGUAUUUCCUUGGGAAAGUUCACCAGAAUUAUAUAGGAACCGACACAGAGCGGAAUCCAUUCUUCCUGUCUGUGGUUCUAUCCGACCAGAACAAUCAGCGCGUUCCCCAAUACAGAUCGAUCUUAUGGAGGAAAACG